CCCUUAAAACGUGUGACCUGUCUCUGGCCUUGGCGAGGAGCGCGGUGCUGCUAGUUGUCAGUGAGGACUGGCAGAGGACUUGUUUAACGUUAACUAGCUGGAGUUCACGUCCGACAAGUUCGGCUAGUUCGCAGGGGCACCGUUAGAGCGGAUCAGAGCCACAAUGCUGAAAUGUAGAACUGCAUGGAAAAAGCUUGCACCUCUAGCUAGAGCUUCAUCCAGUGUGUGCCGGCAGAAUGUGAGACGAACAGGAUUAACCCAUGGCAGACUACCAGCACAAGUACCUGCGGCUCGCAUGUCCACCGCGCCCACAGGGGGGGGUCGGGAGAACCAGAUCUACGUCCUUCUGGUUGGAGCAACGUUUCUUGGUGGUGGAGUUUAUGCGUACCGAACUUUAAAGGGAGACCAAAAACGAUACCAGGAACGCAUUGAUGAAAUCUCAUCCAGACCACUAAAACUCAACGCAGAACAGCCAGCCUCGCUCAUCGAGUUGGAGCUUUCCACUGUGGAAUCCACUGACACAGAGAUUGUUCCUGAGCCACAAGCAGAACCUGUGGCAGAACCUUCACCAGAACCUGUGGCAGAACCCCCCCCAGAGGAGCCGAGCGCCCCGGCCCCUGAGACUGAAGCAGCAGCAGUCCCCAGUGACACAACAGAGCCACCCCCAGCAGACGAGCCAGUUGUAGAGGAGCCGGUGGUAGAGGUGCCAGUAGUAGAGGAGCCGGUGAUAGAGGCGCCGGUGGUGAUAGAGGCGCCGGUGGUGGUAGAGGAGCCGGUGGUGGUAGAGGAGCCGGUGGUAGAGACGCCGGUGGUAGAAGCCCCUGCUGAAGAGACAGCAGCUCCAGCUGCUGAAGCUGUAGUAGAGGAGGAACCCUCGCCCCCCUCUGAGCCGUCCCCAGCUGAACUUACAGAGUCGCCGCCCCCUGAACAUGCACUUGAACCGGAACCUGAACCUGUUGUGGAGAGUGAACCUCCAGCAGCAGCAGAAAGCCCCGCAGCAGAGUCCCCUACGCCUCCGCCUGAAGUGGUGGUAGAGAGUGUAGUUGAGUCCACACCUGCCACUGCCAAGGUCCCCUCACACACACCCUAUCUCCUUAUCGGUGGAGGAACUGCCUCUUUUGCAGCUGCACGCUCCAUUCGAGCGAGAGACCCUGGUGCCAAGGUAUUAAUUGUGACAGAUGAGCCAGAUCUUCCAUACAUGAGACCUCCUCUUUCUAAGGAACUUUGGUUCUCUGAUGACCCCAGUGUGACAGACACUCUGCGAUUCAAACAGUGGAAUGGAAAGGAAAGAAGUAUCUACUUCCAGCCAGCGUCGUUCUACAUCAGUCCAGAAGAACUGGAAGGUGCAGAAAAUGGCGGUGUUGCUGUUCUCACGGGCAAAAAGGUGGUACACAUGGACGUGAGAGGAAACAAAGUGAAGCUGGACGAUGAUACUGAGAUUUCAUACAACAAAUGUUUGAUUGCUACAGGUGGUGUACCAAGAAACCUGCAGGUGAUUGAGAGAGCGGGAGAGGAGGUGAUGAAGAGGACAACUUUGUUCCGCAAGGUUGAAGACUUUAAAUCCCUGGACAAGGUGUCCAGAAACAUCAAGUCCAUCACAAUCAUCGGGGGCGGCUUCUUGGGCAGCGAGCUGGCCUGUGCCCUCGGCAGGAGAUCACAUGAGUCCGACCUGGAGGUGAUUCAGAUGUACCCUGAGAAGGGCAACAUGGGGAAAGUGUUGCCUGAGUAUCUGAGCAACUGGACAACAGACAAAGUCAAGAGAGAGGGUGUGAAAAUCAUCUCAGAAGCUCUGGUGAAAUCUGUGACCUGCAAAGACGACAAGUUAGAAAUCCUGCUGAAGGACGGCCGACUCGUCAAAACAGACCACAUAGUUGCAUCUGUUGGCCUGGAGCCCAAUGUUGACCUUGCAAAGUCAGCAGGUCUGGAGGUGGACUCUGACUUUGGUGGCUUUCGGGUUAAUGCAGAACUACAAGCUAGAUCCAAUAUUUGGGUGGCAGGAGAUGCUGCGUGUUUCUAUGACAUCAGACUGGGCCGCAGACGAGUGGAGCAUCACGAUCACGCUGUUGUGAGUGGGAGACUCGCAGGAGAGAACAUGACUGGAGCCAACAAACCCUACUGGCAUCAAUCUAUGUUCUGGAGUGACCUGGGACCAGAUGUGGGCUACGAGGCGAUCGGGAUCGUUGACAGCAGCCUGCCAACUGUGGGAGUGUUUGCCAAAGCCACAGCAAAGGAUACACCAAGAGCUGCUACAGAGAAGUCGGGAACUGGGAUCCGCUCAGAAAGUGAAACAGAAGACACAGCCAUCAGCCCGGUGGCUGCUUCAACUCCAGCUCCGGCUGUGGAGGGGCAAAGAGACGACUAUGGAAAAGGAGUUAUCUUCUACCUGAGAGACAAAGUAGUGGUGGGAAUUAUCCUGUGGAAUGUCUUCAACAGAAUGCCUAUUGCAAGAAAGAUAAUCAAGGAUGGAGAGGAACACGCAGAUCUGAAUGAAGUGGCCAAGCUUUUCAACAUUCACGAGGAUUGAGACGGUGAAGGCUGAAACUCGUUAUGGGAGGGGAAUAACUCAUCAUGUAAAGACUGAAAACUCUGACAGCUGUUGCCAUGAUCACACCAACAAAAACGGGAGAAUUCAUGUAAAUUAUUUCAUGUUGCUGGAAUAUUUUCAUAUUUGGGUUUGUUUCUACUGCACCUUUUCUGUUUGUUUGUUUUUUCCACUCUUCACGUCACUUCUCUUAUUCUUCUUCAUCACUUUUGCUUUUUUCUUUUUUUUUUAAAUCAUGGUCAAUGUGUGAUCCUCUGUCUGCUUUCCCACCGCAAGGCUUUAAUGUCGAGCAUGGACAAUUGUUUCCCUCUGUGUGAUCAGAGCAGCUUGUCAUGAGAAAAGCUGCAAUAAAAGCUAUUUUUAAAUCGGA